AGUCCUGCAGGGGCUCAACGGCACGCCAGCGCACUCACCAUGUCGGCGUGCGAGGUUGACCCGCAUAACGACCCGACUCUCUAUGCCAAGUACCAUGUCCGUGGGAAGUUGGGCGCCGGCACGUUCGGCAAGGUGGUGCUGGUGCGGGAGAAGGGCAAAGGGCCGGCGGGCCGUCUUUACGCAGCCAAGGUGCAGGACUUCUCGACCUGCCGGGAGGGUAUCCCUGUCCACGCGGUCCGCGACGUGGUGAGGUUGGGAGGCAGGGAGGGGGGGAGGGGGUGUGAUGUGUGGCGGGUGUGGAUGUGUGUGUGGAUGUGUGUGAUGCAGGCCAUUUUGAGCAAGAUGAAGCACGAGAAUGUGGCCAAGGUGUUCGAGGCGUGGGUGUCUGACGAGGAGGGGCGGCUCUACAUGGUCAUGGAGUAUGCCUCCGUCGGCGACCUCUUCAGGUUCCUCCGCCGCAGCUUCCCACCGGUCAGCAAACCAGCAAACAAACGAAGGAAACCGACGGAGCCGACGGAUGGACCAUCGUGUGGGUAUGUGUGUGUGUGUGCUGUCAUGCAUUCGCGAAUGCAGCGAAAGGUCAAAGUGGAUCGUAUUCUGCCGCCCCAGCAGGUCAAGCGCUAUAUGUUCCAGGUACCCAAGGGAGAGGCACACCCAGCCUGGGAUGCCCCCCAUCUGCUUUGUGUGUGUGUGCUGGAUUCCUUGGACAGCUGCUGCUGUCGUUGGCCCACGUCCACUCGCACCACAUCGCCCACCGCGACCUCAAACCCGCCAACGUGCUGCUCAACAAGAGCACGGCACCUGGACGGUAUGCGACAUUUCCCCCCAGCCACACGCGUCAACCCACACACACCACACACACACACAAUGUGUCCGUUUACGUGUCUGUAUGGAUGCAGUGAGAAGUUGUUGUUGACCGAUAUGGGCCACGGCCGUCUGCUCGACAGCCUCGGCGCCCCGCCCGUCCGACACACCGUAAACACCGCACUGACCCAGCGGCGCCAGGUGUCAGAGACACGUGUGAAUCCGUUGUGCCCUUCAUCAGAACCCGAAUGCGUUGGGGACGCCAUCGUAUAAGGCGCCCGAGAUGGUGCUGGGGCAGCGGACACACGGGACCGCCGUGGACAUCUGGGCUGCUGGUAUGAGGGCGGGAGCGAGGGACUCACACAUGGCACCUGAAGGAUGCUCAUUGUGUGUCUGUCUGUGUGUGUGUGUGCAGGGUGCAUACUCGCUGAGAUGCUCGGAUGCCGUCGCUCGCCCUUUGAUGUGAGUCAGCCACUGGCCGACCCAUAAGCACACUCACACAGCCACAGAUAAGUGUGUGUCUGUGUGUAUGUGUUGCAGUGUCCUAUGGGUUCCGACUACGGGUCGCUGAUUAAGAUGAUCGAUUUGCUGGGGCUGCCGCCGCACAGCAGACUGCGGGCGCUCAACCUGCCGCUGUAUAACUCACACGUAGGCCAACACACGACACCAAAGCACCACACAAAGCACAAACAGGAGUCCGUCCGGCUCUGUGUGUCUGUGUCUGUCUGUCUGUCUGUGUGUCUGUGCAGUGCCGCAUCCUGCCGCGGAUUCCGCAGCGCAGCAAGGCCGAGGUGCGCACCAAGUUCCAGAAGACCCUGGCCGAGGGCGAGAACGGCGUGACCAUCACUGACGAUGAGUUCGACUUCCUCUAUGAGUGAGUCAGCCCAUCAGGCACCCUCCCUCCCGCCCAUGGCUGCAUUCCUCUGUCAACUGUGUGUGUCAGUCUGAUUAGGUUUGACCCCGCUGAGCGUUUGACGGCGGCGGAGGCGGUUAACCACCCCUACUUUGACGAUCUGGACAAACAGGUACCCAGCCAGCCCACACCAAUCCACACCAGCAGAAGUGCACCUAUCCCUCACACGCCGCCCCUCCACCUCUCCUGGCCCAUGUGUGUGUGUGUGUGUGUUGGGUGUAGGAGUUUCAGCACUGGGCGGCUGACGUCGGCGGCCAGUUCAUCGUAGGCGGCCAGUUCAUCCAGCCCUACACGCCGCGCAUCGAGGUGGAGCCGGUCUAUCGCGAGCCGCCCUCCAUCGAGGCGCCCCACGCACAGACACCUCCCCCUGCUACACCACCCCCUGCUGCCAUCGCUGCCGCUGCCGUCGUCCCUCUUGCUGCUGCUGCUGUGCACGAGCAGCCACAGGACAACGGCCGCCGAUACCACAUGCGCCCCCGGCGCAAUAAGACGCGGGCGGCGCCGAGUGCUGCGGAUGGCGGCGUGCAGCACGGUGAGGGCGGGGGGGUGGCGGGCGAGGCCAAGAAGGGCCGUCUGCAGGCGGACAAGGGACAGGACGGUGGGGCUAAUGAGGUGGAGAGGAAGCGUAAGAAGCGCAAGCUGGGCUAACUGCCCCUGGCGCACACAAACCACAGCAAAAGUGUGAAUAGCUGCGUACACUGAGCUGCGUGGUGGAUGGGAUGUAGCAGACGAGGGGAGGGGACAAUGGCCGUGCAUGAUGGACAAAUGGAUGGAUGGACAAACUGAUGGAUGGAUGGGCGACACGGACAGACAAACGGGAUGCAUACAUACAGACAUACAUGGCAUGGUGUGCGGUGCGUGAUGUGUGAAGCUGCUCGAGAGCGUGCGGCAACCUUCGUGGGGACACGCCAGCCUUAAUUGGGUUACAGCU